UUGAGUAUGAACAAAAUGAGUUUUCUUUGCAAUAGAGCAGUACACUUGCUGCUGGGCGUGCUUUUUCUGAGUGUGUUUGGCCAGGCUUGCCAAGAUGCGGCCUCAACAGCGACGUCUUCUAAGGACUGGUGGGAAACUGCACAGUUCUAUCAGAUCUAUCCGCGCUCCUUCAUGGACUCCGAUGGGGAUGGCAUCGGAGAUCUGAAUGGCAUCACCAGCAAGCUGGAGUAUCUCAAGGAGCUGGGCGUAACAGCUGCCUGGCUCUCGCCCAUUUUCAAGUCUCCCAUGGUGGACUUUGGCUACGACAUCUCUGAUUUCUUCGACAUACAGCCAGAGUAUGGCACGUUAGAGGACUUCAGAAACCUCAUUAAGAAAGCCAACGAAUUGGAGUUAAAGAUUAUCUUGGACUUUGUGCCUAAUCAUUCCAGUGAUGAGAACGAAUGGUUCAAGAAGUCUGUGAAGCGGGAGAAGGGAUACCAGGAUUACUAUGUGUGGCAUGAUGGCAAAGUGAAUGCGUCGACUGGAGUGCGGGAACCGCCCACAAAUUGGUUGCAAUAUUUUAGAGGCAGCGCCUGGGAAUGGAACGAGGAACGUCAGCAGUAUUACUUGCAUCAGUUUGCAGUGCAACAACCUGAUCUCAAUUACCGCAAUCCAGAUGUGGUGGCUCAGAUGAAGCGAGUGCUGCGAUAUUGGCUGAAUGAGGGAGUGUCCGGAUUCAGAUGUGAUGCUUUGCCACCACUGUUUGAAGUGCUGCCCGAUGCAGAGGGUCAGUAUCCCGAUGAGGUCGUAAGUGGAGCCACAGAUGAUUCAGAGGAUCGUGACUACUUCACAACGACGUACAUUGAAAACCAGCCGGAGACUGUGGACAUGGUUUAUCAAUGGCGUACAGUGCUCGAUGAUCAUAAGCGAAUCUAUGGCGGUAAUUCGAGUGUGCUGCUCAUAGAGACUUACUCUCCGGCUUGGUUUACCAUGCAGUUUUAUGGCAAUCGAUCGGUGAAUGGAGCUCACCUGCCAUUCAAUUUUAAUUUAAUUACUGUGAUGGAGAAGAGUGGUCUGAGUGCCAGCAAUGUGCAGGAAGCCAUCGAUCUCUGGCUGCAGAAUAUGCCAGCAGGACGCACGGCCAAUUGGGUGCUGGGUAAUCAUGACAAGCGUCGAGCUGCCAGUCGAUAUGGAGCCGAGUUCAUUGAUGCCAUGAAUAUGCUGGUCAUGAUACUGCCAGGAGCCAGUGUCACUUACCAAGGCGAGGAGUUAGGCAUGACUGAUGGUUGGAUUAGCUGGGAGGACACUGUGGAUCCUUGGGGAUGCAAUUCUAAUGCCGACAUCUACGAGCAAUACACCAGAGAUCCUGAACGCACGCCCUUCCAGUGGACAAAUGGUACCAAUGCAGGAUUCUCCACAGGUCCAUCGACCUGGCUGCCAUUGGCCGCUGACUAUGAGACUAUUAAUGUGGCCACUGAAUCAGCGGCAGAUCAUUCCCAUCUGACCAUCUACAAAUCCCUUAUUGCAUUGCGACGAAGCUCGAAAACGCUGCAGAAUGGAAGCACAAAGUACGCGGUGCUGAGCGACGAUGUUUUCGUGAUUAAGCGGUCACUGCCUGGCGCUAAUAGCAUUUUUUACGUCUGCAACUUUGGGUCUGCGUCGAUCACAGUUGAUUUGACGGAGUUUGAUAAAACCUUGCCAUCCGAUUUGGUUCUGCUGAUUCGCAGUAUGGACUCCAGCAAAUCCGAGGGAGUCGGCUAUACGUCAAAGGAGCUGGAACUGGCAGUUGGCGAAGCUUUGGUACUCAGUAGUGAAUAAAACACACGUUGAAUUGGAA